AGAACAAAACAAACAACCCGUUUGGCCUGGAUGGUAAGAGAAUAAAGCAAAGCAGAGGCUUUGGAAUUAAGUCUCAAUAUGUCCUUCACUGAUGAGCGAGGUGGCUCGAGCACAAACGACAACAGUCCGCUGCAUCCCAGUACUGAUCGUUUCAUGCCGCUUGGAUUCAGCACGCCUCAACACCAAGGAGGAACUUCGACCGAAACACGAAAUUACUACUCCGUACAACCCAAGCACAUGUUACCGAGAUCACGUGUAAUUCACAAGAGCAACCGUUAUGGACAAAACAGGCAUCAGACUCACGAUAGAUCUGGAUUUUCAUCUCACGAAUCAAAUCAUCAUGACGAAGGUGGAAACGGAGCUCUGAACUCUGAAACGGAUCGCGCAAAUUAUAGUCGCAACUGGAAAAGCCAUCAGGGCAGGAAUCAAGGCUAUGGAGGCCAACAACGCCACCGUCAAAAUAAUCAUCACAGACAUGGUAAACCGGGCCCAUAUAAGAAGGAAGACUACUUUCAUCCUUCCAUGCUCGAAGACCCUUGGGAAUACCUGCUCCGGCAAACGACGGAACGGUCGGAACAAAACCAUUCGCGAAACUUUGCGACUGCCGAAAGCGAUGCUGAUGAGGAAGAAAUCACAAAAUGUAGUGGCGAGUAGUAUGGGCGGAUGCAAAGGCGCAUUCUUUCACUAGAGUUCACAUCAUCUCAUGGAACGAAAAAUCAAUGCUUUAUUCAUAAAUCCUUCAAAACGCAAUAUAACGAUUGUAAAAUACACACUCUUUUACCGUUCAAUUAAGAUUUACUGCUAUAUUAAAUACGAAAGUGGUGUAAGGCGUCAGUUCUGAAGUUUGGUGCGAGCGUUCAUUUUUACUGGACAGCGGUUCUCUUUUAGACGGACUUUGCGACAGGGCGAAAAAUGAUUCCUCCGAAUCGAUGAUGUUCUGUUCUAGCACGGGCGUUGCUACCAGCGAAGCUUCAGGGUCGGAUUUGUUGGGGAAAAACGUGGAAUCAUCGACGGCAGAUACGUUUUCUUUGCGUGCAGAAAGCAACGCGUCGAUGGACCUACGU